AUGGCCGAGAGGGGCGACUGCCUCGCCAGCGCCUACGGGUAUGACCUCGGCGGGCGCUUCGUGGACUUCCGGCCCCUGGGCUUCGGCGUCAACGGGCUGGUGCUGUCGGCCGUGGACAGCCACACCUGCCGCAAGGUGGCCGUGAAGAAGAUCGCCCUGAGCGACGCCCGCAGCAUGAAGCACGCGCUCCGCGAGAUCAAGAUCAUCCGGCGCCUGGACCACGACAACAUCGUGAAGGUGUACGAGGUGCUGGGGCCCAAGGGCGCCGACCUGCAGGGCGAGCUGUUCAAGUGCAGCGUGGCCUACAUUGUGCAGGAGUACAUGGAGACCGACCUGGCGCGCCUGCUGGAGCAGGGCACGCUGAGCGCGGAGCACGCCAAGCUGUUCAUGUACCAGCUGCUGCGCGGCCUCAAGUACAUCCACUCGGCCAACGUGCUGCACAGGGACCUGAAGCCUGCCAACAUCUUCAUCAGCACCGAGGACCUCGUGCUCAAGAUCGGCGACUUUGGUCUGGCGCGGAUUGUCGAUCAGCACUACUCCCACAAGGGUUAUCUGUCAGAAGGGUUGGUCACAAAGUGGUACCGCUCCCCACGACUGCUCCUGUCCCCCAACAACUACACCAAAGCCAUCGACAUGUGGGCUGCAGGCUGCAUCCUGGCUGAGAUGCUCACGGGGAGGAUGCUCUUUGCUGGGGCCCACGAGCUGGAGCAGAUGCAGCUCAUCCUGGAGACCAUCCCUGUAAUCCGGGAGGAAGACAAGGACGAGCUGCUCAGGGUGAUGCCUUCCUUCGUCAAUAGCAGCUGGCAGGUGAAGAGGCCACUGCGCAAGCUGCUCCCGGACGUGGACAGCGAAGCCAUCGACUUCCUGGAGAAGAUCCUGACCUUCAACCCCAUGGAUCGCCUCACAGCCGAGAUGGGGCUGCAGCACCCCUACAUGAGCCCGUACUCGUGCCCUGAGGACGAGCCCACCUCGCAACACCCAUUCCACAUUGAGGACGAGAUCGACGACAUUGUGCUGAUGGCCGCCAGCCAGAGCCAGCUCUCCAACUGGGACAGAUACCCGGUGAGCCUGUCCUCAGACCUGGAGUGGCGGCCCGACCGGUGCCAGGACGCGAGCGAGGUGCAGCGUGACCCGCGCGCGGGCUCGGCGCCGCUGGCCGAGGACGUGCAGGUGGACCCGCGCAAGGACUCGCAGAGCAGCUCCGAGCGCUUCCUGGAGCAGUCGCACUCGUCCAUGGAGCGCGCCUUCGAGGCCGACUACGGGCGCUCGUGCGACUACAAGGUGGGCUCGCCGUCCUACCUGGACAAGCUGCUGUGGCGCGACAGCAAGCCGCACCACUACUCGGAGCCCAAGCUCAUCCUGGACCUGUCGCACUGGAAGCAGGCGGCCGGCGCGCCCCCGGCAGCGGCGGCGGCGGGGGCGGCGGGCGCGGGGCCGCGCGAGGACGAGCCCGCCAGCCUCUUCCUGGAGAUCGCCCAGUGGGUGCAGAGCACGCAGGCCGGCGGCGACCGCGCACCUGCCAGCCCCGAGCGCCGCCGAGCCGCCUCGCCCCCAGGCCGCCCCGCGGUCGGCGAUGGCGGCGCCAGCCCGCAGUUCGACCUGGACGUGUUCAUCUCGCGCGCGCUGAAGCUCUGCUCCAAGCCCGAGGACCUGCAGGACAACAAGCUGGGCGACCUCAACGGCGCGUGCAUCCCCGAGCACCCUGGCGACCUCGUGCAGACAGAGGCCUUCUCCAAAGAACGGUGGUGAGGGCCGAGGGGUCUCGGGGCAAAGCCGGGCUCCCCCGCCUGCCCGCGUGCCCCUCGCUGCUGCCCUGCGGGGAGCAGAACACCUGUAGGAUCCGAGGAGCCGAGGAAUGUCCAUUGCUUAAACUGCCUUAAUAACGAGCCUUUAACCUCUGGGAGCGGGAUUGGACAGGAGCCUGAUGGGGCAUGGGCCCGGGCCAGCAAGGG